AUGAACCAGUCAAAGCUUGCAUUACUUUUUCCAUGCCUUUCCCCACAUAUUGUGGAGUUGACGCAGAGUAAAUCGUUGUGGCGUAGGCCAAAGAAACAGGUGCAAGGCCCACCCUUAUUAGUGCUGUUGGAUUCUGAUGUAAAGCUAGGUCGUGAUGAUUUUGUAAGUUAUCAUGGGGUACCAAGAAACGUUAUACGGGCGGCCGGUUUUGCCCCGGAGAAACUAUACACAUUGUACGGAGAGGCCAUCGCGGGUAUUGACCUACGGCUUCCAGGUGCUGAGCGAUUUAUAUUUGAGACCGUCUUGUUUGAUGUGUGUCUUGUUGUGGACGACGCUUUGGUCGGCAGGUGUAAACAAGGCGCCCCGCUUCCUGGGGGAUUUCGCGUUCCUUCAGGGGAUUUGGUUACAUUAAACGCCGUUGUGAAUCGUUGUGUUCUCGGCUAUGGCGCCGUUAUACCUUUAUUCAGUGAGCUAAAGCAAUUCUCUUUACAGAAAAGAAGCGUUUUUGAACGGCAGGUGCGACAUUAUUUUUCCAACAGUGUUCACGUUGUGCCGGUUGUGUGUUCUCAAGGGCAAUCGGAUGCGUACCUCGUUCGCUUUCUGUUGAACGUCCUCUUGUAUAUUCCCUUCGCCACGUUGGAGGUGCGUCUGGCGGAUGGGGUUGAUGGGCUAACGGAGUGGCAACGUAUGCACCUGCCAAGUCAAAGCUGGUUGGCGGUUGUACGCUUCGUUCAUAUGAGCCCGCAGGACACGGUGUCUAUGUGCGAGGCAAGCAAAGAGGUUACAGAUGACGCCUGGAAACCGUAUCAGCGCACCACGAUGCAGUUGGAGCGGGCCAUAUUUUCCAGUAGGGGUAAUACUGUUCUUAGCAACAAGAAGCGUUCUAUUCUGACACUUUUUGUUCCUAUUGAUGUCAUUCUGAUAAGUGAAGAUGUUGCUCAUUAUAUUACCCCUUAA